CCAAAAAGACAGAGAGAGAGAGAGAGGUGAGCAAGCGAAACAGUGAGAGCUAGAGAAGUUCAGUGCUUCAAUGGCGUCAGGAGGAGGAGGGAGUGUAGAGUGGCACUUGAGACCACCAAACCCUAAAAACCCAAUUUUUUUCUUCGAUAUUACAAUCGGCACCAUCCCUGCUGGUCGUAUCAAAAUGGAGCUCUUCGCUGAUAUUGCCCCGAAAACCGCCGAAAAUUUCUGGCAGUUUUGUAAAGGCGAGUACAGAGUGAUUAAGGAUUUUAUGGUUCAAGCUGGUGAUUUUCUCAAGGCAAAUAGUGGGCCAAAUACCAAUGGUUGUCAGUUUUUCAUCACUUGUGCAAAAUGGGACUGGCUUGACAAUAAGCAUGUUGUAUUUGGGAGGGUGCUUGGAGAUGUUCUUUUGGUUAUUCGAAAGAUAGAGAAUGUGGCAACAGGACCCAACAACCGACCAAAACUGCCAUGUGUUAUUGCAGAAUGCGGAGAAAUGUAGAGGUUGAGCUCAAGAGGAACAUUUCUUUAGGACAAUAUCAUCAUCUUAAUUGACUGCUGACCUUUGACCUACCUACAUGGAUGUGUUUUUGUAUUCCUUCUCAAAAUGGUGGCGGGGAGGGAAGAACUGACUCUCUGAAUGCAUUAACUACAAGUAAAAAAAAAGAGAGUAGUUUUAAUGUUUUCUGCUUCGGUUUCUGAAGUGAAUGUUAGAAUGGAUAAUAUUUGGGUUGCAUAGGAUAGAUGUGGAAUGCUUUAGAUUUUUGUAUUUUAGGGUAUGGUUUUGAUUGUAGUUUCUGAAAAAAACUUGUGAUUGGAUAAAUCUCGAGCACAGAUCAUUUUAUUUGGAAAAGUGCAUUUUAGUCCCUACAUUUCC